CCCUCACAAUGCACUCCUUACAUCACUAAACGUACUAAACCUUCGCACUCUUCUCUCUACGCGCACCUUGAACCCCCAUUACCUCUGCAUGCACAACGUGCUCUAACACCCUUACCUUCUGCUCCUUUAACUCAUCCGCGACAUCUCAUACGACCAUCUCACGUAACCUUCAGCCAUGCCUAACCCAUUGGUUGCAGAAGCAGGUCUGAAGCUCGGCCCGACCAUUCUGGAGACCUUGGUCAAACACUACAUCGAUCGCAUGAAGAAGGCAAGCGCGAGGGAGGCCAAUGGACUCACAAAGCUUCGACAGGAUGAGAUGUUGUAUGACCAAGCGUUCAGCGUAGUCAAAAAAUUCUUUCAGGCUGCUGCUUUCCACACCGUCGAGGACAUGCAAGCGUUCUCCAACACACGCACCCCUUCGCCUCCCUGGGUUCAUACCAUCCGAGUGGUCAUCCCGAUGUCAUGUUGUGACGAAGCAGCCGAACACCUUAUUAGAGGAAUGGGAGGCGAGGACAUGGUCAAGCGCUUGGUUGGAGGCACAAAGUGGUGGCAAGUCCGUGGAAUUGAUGGAAUCGACGCAGAAUGGAUCACUGCCCGAAAAGACUGGCAAGAGGCGAAGAGGCGAUACAAGGAGCAGGAGAAGCAGUCGAUCCCGGUUCCUCCGCAGACGGGUCAGGAAGUUCCUGCAUCGUCUUCGGAGGAGGACAACGUUUAUAGCGAGGACAUGGACGAUAUGCGAUGCAUCCUGUAUUCUCACGGUGGAGGCUACUAUUUUGGAAGCUUGGAUCAAGAGAGGUAUAGCAUUCAAAGGCAUGCCAGGAAGAUCAACGGACGUGUACUAGCUUUAAACUAUCGUCUUUCUCCGCAGUAUCCCUUCCCAUGCGCUCUGCAAGACAUUCUGGCAGCUUACCUAUACUUGAUCAAGCCGCCCAAGGAAGCCUCCCACCGGCCAGUCAAGCCUUCAAACCUCGUCGUGGCAGGUGACUCCGCAGGAGGUGGCCUCGUCAUUGCGCUGUUGCAGAUACUUCGAGACACGGGUCUGCCGCUGCCUGCCGGCGGUGUCCUGAUUUCUCCGUGGUGUGACCUGACUCACUCUUUCCCGAGCAUUCACACCAACACCGCUACCGACGUGAUGCCGGAGUAUGGAAUGUCGAUGCAGAAGCCAAGCGCACUUUGGCCUCCCCCCUCAGACGAUUUCACGCGCACCGUUCAUUCAGGUCUGCGUGACCGAAUCCGACAAAUCGGUCGAAUGAGCACCAAGGGACCCGGUUUGCACCCAGCGAAAGCCCAGCAUUUGAGGAGUGGGUCGAAGUUCAGCAUCACGGAGGUUGGGGAGCCCUCGAAUCCGUCAGAGAUGCCCAUUAACGUCGGCGCUACGGCAGCGCUGCCACCUGUGGGCUCUGCCGAGGACCCAGCCAUCCGGUUGGUGGCAAAAUCUGGGGAGGAAUUGGUUUUGGAAGACCAGGUGCAACUGUAUGCGCAGAACAGCAUGCUAGGGCAUCCUCUCAUCAGUCCAGUUCUAUCGUAUAUGGGAGGUCUCCCGCCGUUGCUCAUCAUCGCGAGCGAAAAGGAAGUCUUGCGAGAUGAGAUAAUUUACACUGCACAUAAGGCGGCGUAUCCAUCUCGCUUUCCUAUACGAGAGGAGGCACGGAAAUUAUACCCGGCUUUGGUUGGCAUAGAGGAAAAGUUCGGGCCCACGCCAAUCCAUCUACAGGUUUACGAUGAUACGGCCCAUGUCCUGCCAAUCCUCUUCGCCUUCACCACUCCUGGAAAAUUCUGCUACCGAGCAAUUGCAACAUUCAUCAAGCAUGUUACAGGUUCAGUGGCACCCCAGAAGAACCCUUUCCCCAUUGUGUCCCCACCCGCGUCUCCUACGUCCCCAAGUUCGCAAUCUCCUCUGAAGAACGGACCACACGCUCUGGCUCAGUCUGCGUCUAUGAACGACAUGAGGUCUACGAGCAAGACUCUUGAAUCCACACGAUCAGUGCGCUCUUUUAAGCGCUCGUUCUCGCGCGCAGGCACGCUGUUGCGCGGCAACACUCUUGCCGUCCCCCCCUCAUCGUCGACUGGAUCCGAUGGUCUUCUCUCAGCGCCUUCGAGCUCCAGCGAUGUUGGAGGCGCAAGAUUCCGUAGCUCAACAAUUUCAGGUGCCGGUCCAGCACCCCGCACUGCUGGGGUUCCGAGCGUUUAUGAUGGCGCUGAGGGCCCUGCUACAUGGAAGGAAGGCAUGAUUCGCGAACGCGUAUCAACUCAGGGUGUAAUCCGGGACCUUGAGCCUGAGGCUGCACUCGAUGCUUUCCACGUCCCGCCUGACAUUAUCGGUGUGCUCUCCGAGCUGGCUGUUCGGCGCUACCUCGAUGGCAAGGCCAAGUACGCCAAGAAAUUUCACCGCGAGUUCCGCACGAUCGAAAAGCAGCGGAAGAAGAACCUCGAGCUGGCGAAGCAAGACGCCGUCAAGAAUUUGGAAAGCCUACAAAAUUCGGAGACCGUCCAACAGCGCCUGCGCGAAGGCGAGGCGGCUCCGGACAGCUGGCUGUGGUCGUGGGCGCUUGACAACGACGAGCGCCCGCCGCCGAGCAGCAUCGUGUCGAGGCGCGAUACCGACGAAGCUCGUAGCCUCGCCCGUGUGGCGGACCAGGCCAUCUUGCAAUCCAGCAGCACUUUUAGUGCGAAUAGCCUAUGGACCGUCAUGGCCAACUACCUGACUGCAUCCCCCGGAAAGGAGAAGCCUGCUCGGUCAAAGUCCGUUGGCCCCCCUACGCGAAGGAGGUCGCUGUUCUCACUCCACCGUGGAGAGAAUAGAUCUGACUCGCCCGAGCCUCAAGUACCCGAGAUGCCAUCUAUUGUGAAGGAGACCACGUCUUGACUCAAUAAAUGGCCCGAAACAUAGAUCCGAGAACAGUCUAGAGACGCGCGAAAGGAUGGAUAUCCCUCAUUAUCAAAUGAUACCUUGUAAUGUUUCGAAAUUCUGAUAUCUAAAGUACUAACGUCAUGGUGCAUACCCAGG